AUGCUGCAGUUAUCUUCCGAUCCAACAUUCCACUACGAGCUUCUUCGGGUGCUUGCAGCUGCGGCGACGCAAGGGUCGGACGUGUCAGAACUGCUCCAAGUAUGCCCCGACAUCAUUCCAGGGGAUUUUCCAUCCUGGUACGUGGGAUUCGACAAGCUUGCAAAGACGGUGCUCCAAGGGAUUUCCUCGGCCGACAAACACUAUGACAACGUGUCUCUGCGCAAUGCAUAUUUCCGGGCAUCUCAUUACUUCUUUGCGGCCGACUUUUUCCUGCACGGCAACCCAGACGACCCUCGCAUCGACGAGCUCCAUCAGCAGUGGACGACGCUGUUUGACAAGGCGAUAGCGCUGCUGCCCGUGCCCGGCGAGCGCCGCAGCAUCCAAGCCGAUGGGUUCGAGGUGCCGGUCAUCCUCCUUCGGCCCGACACCUCGGCGCAGCAAAGGCCUACCAUCAUCCUGGGCAAUGGGUUCGACGGAGCGAUGGAAGAAAUGAUGCAUGUGCUCGGCUUCCCUGCGCUCGAGCGAGGCUACAAUGUGGUCCUCUACGAAGGACCAGGACAGACUGGCAUUCGACGCACCCAGGAUAUCGGCUUCAUCCACGACUGGGAGAGAGUGGUCGGUCCGGUGGUCGACCAUCUGCUCGGCCUGGAUUUCGUGGACCCUCGCAAGAUCAGCCUCCUCGGCUAUUCACUGGGAGGAUAUUUUGCCGCUCGGGCCGCCGCUUUCGAACCUCGACUUGCCGCAUGCAUCCUCAUUGACGGGGUGUGGGACUACUCUAUCACGCUGGCGGCCACUUUCCCCCGAACCUGGAAGUGUUUCCAGGCCGGAGACGUGGCCGGCUGCAACUCGACGUUCGAGGACGAGGGUGCCCAUGGGAAUACGAUGCAACGGUGGGCCUCGGAGCAUUUCCUGUGGUCAUUCAACAAGACCGCCUACGAGGGGCUCCAGGAGGCCCAGAAGAUGAAGGUGGAAGACAUCAUCCAUAACAUCCAAUGUCCUGUUUUCGUCGGCACCGCUCUGGAGGAUCAGUUUGCCGCCCUCCAGCCCGGAAAGGUGGCCCAGGCUCUGGGGAAACAGGCGUACAGCUUUGCCCCGGGCAACGAGUACGCUGCAACGGCUCACUGCCACAUGGGCGCCACGUUUUAUAUGGCUCAGGAGAUCUUUGCCUGGUUGCACGAUAAACACCUACACCACUAA